GCGUACCAAAAGGAAAGCCCUGUCAAAAGGCAGCGGAGAAGAAUGGAUGUCCCGACAGUAAUGGUCCAUUUCAAGACCUGAAAUACAGCUUCUUAAAUACCAAACAGAGAGCAGAAAAUGGGAAAAGGCUGUAAGGUUGUGGUGUGUGGACACGCAGCAGUAGGAAAGACUGCAAUACUGGAGCAGUUGUUAUAUGGCAAUCACCUUGUAGGCUCAGAGUCGACAGAGACACAGGAGGACGUGUACGUGGCAUCGGUGGAGACGGACCGUGGGGUGAAGGAGCAGCUCAGACUCUAUGACACUAAAGGCCUUCAGGACGGACAGGAGCUGCCCAAACACUACUAUUCUGUGGCAGAUGGCUUUGUGCUGGUCUACAGCGUGGACAAUUUGGAGUCCUUCAAGAGAGUGGACAUGCUGAAGAAGGAGAUAGACAAGUCCAGAGAUAAAAAGGAGGUGGCAGUGAUCGUCCUGGGCAACAAAACAGACCUGUGCGAGCGUCGUCAGGUGGACCAGGAGGUGGCGCAGCAGUGGGCAAGGGGUGAGAAGGUCAAACUGUGGGAGGUCAGCGUCUCAGAGCGCAACUCCCUCAUCGAACCGUUCACCCAGCUCACCAGCCGCCUCACCCAGCCCCAAAGCAAGUCUUCCUUCCCCCUGCCCGGGCGUAAGAGUAAGGGCACCGCUGCUAAUGAUAUGUGAAGCUAAUGCAGCCAUAAGGACUGUGAGAUGGUGUUUGGUUUGUGUGCCAAGGUUUGUGGGUACUAGUGAAUGUUCUGAGAUUUAGUUGGAUUAAAAUAGUUGGUGCAAUUAAAGAAUGGUAACUGGAAAUGUAAUAGCAUAGUGUUGGGAGAGAGGUGUUGAAAAUGGAUUAAAUUUUAUGUCUCAGUUUCUCAGAAUUGAGUCCUUGCGUCCAAUAAUCAUUCAAGAGGCAUUUCAAGAGCUCAUUCUAAAAAAUAUACUUUAUAAUCCCCAUUGGGAAAUGUGUCCUCUGCCUUAUCCUUCAAGAUUGUGGAGACAGCCACACUGCAGUACCCGGGGACACAUCUCCAAAUCUUGAAUGAGGUUCGAUUAGGACAUAUUAACUGGAGGAUUUUGACCAUUGUGCAUUGCAGUAUGUUUUAGGUUUAUGGGGAAAAGUAAACCUAACCAGAUGCCCCACACAGAAAGGUAAACCACAUGUAAGAAGCUAAUUCUAUAAAUAUUUGUUAUUACUUUAUUGUAUUUUUAUGCUUGAAAUAGAAAAAAAAUAUAUGUAUUAAUGAUUUACAAAUGAAUACAGUAAAAUACAUUUUCCUCUUCUUUAACUAACCUAAUCCACCAAAACGUCUAGCGCUGUUACUAAUCCAGAAAUUGUACUUUCCUUAUUCAGUUAUACUUCAUGUAGACCUAUUGGUAUCAAAGAGUUAUUGCACUUCAUCCUUUCUAAAAGAACAUCAUUUCAAAACCAGUUUGAGCCUCCUUAAAAUAUUGUUGCCAAAUUACUCUGAUGUAAACAAAACAUCUUAAUUAUCAGUUUACAGUUCUGACAACUUUUGAUGCCUUUCCAAAGAUUUCACAACCAAAACUAACGUGCCCGUUUUGAGAUAAGCUUCCCUUUAAACAACAAAGUUUACUUUUUUUUAACCUUAUACUAUGUAUUGUGAAUGCAGCACUGAUUUAGUCCUUUGUAGUUGGGGCUUCCAGAACCACUAAGCUAUGGUCCAUCUCAUAAUUCACUCACAGCAAUAAUAUUCAUGGUACAGAGAGUAAUACUUCUAAACCUGUGUCUGUAGUAUUGUUUCAUAGGGCUCCUAGGAAAGGUUAUAGAAUCUAAUGUUAGAAAUGUCAAUGUUAAGAUGCAAUAUUUAUUCCUUAACUUAUUUUUGCCACUUUGAGCCACAUUCCAUGACUGUUAAAUGGGAGUUUUAGAAAACGGUGAACUGUUUUGUGUUGACUUAAAAUGCACUGUUGGGCUAAAAAUGCUUUUGUCUCUUCAUGCUACUUAAAAUGGUCUUAAAUUGUAAAAGCACUGAAUAAAGUGUAGCUUUUCUAA